AUGAUUUUUACAUCCUUUAUUAGUUUAUUGUAUCGAUCACCUUCAUAUUCUGAUGAUGAUAUUAUUGAUCCAAUUGCUUUAUUUAAUUUAAAUGGAUUUGGAGCUGCUUUUUCAGUUAUUUCAGUAUCACUUGCAUGUCAUCAUAAUAUUCCUGAAAGUGUAGCACCAUUACAAGAUAAAAGAAAAUUAAAAAAAUUAAUAUUUAUUACAUUAUUGUCAGCAACAAUAAUUUAUAUUACUCUUGGAAUUAUUGGUGCACUUUGUUUUGGAAAGAAAACAGUAUCACCAAUAACAACAAAUUGGUUAGAAUAUACUGGGUGUGAUGGUGGAUUUGGAAUAUGUCAAGACCAUAAAAUAAGAUGGUAUGGAUAUGUUAUUCAAAUUACUAUUCUUAUGUUUCCUUUAGUAAAUUUAACAUCAGAAUAUCCAUUAGUAAGUGCUACACUAGCUUCAAAUAUUUCACAACUUUCAUCUGAAAAUACUUCAAAAGUUUCUUUUAGUUCUAAGUGUUUAGCUGCAUUUCCACCUUUAUUAUUAGCAAUGAUUAAAGCUGAUUUAUCAAAAAUAUUUGGAUUUACUGGAAUAUUUGGAUUUGUAUUAAUUCUUAUUCUACCUUCAAUGUUCCAAAUUUUCUCUAAAAAAACUUAUAAAUUUCAAUUUGGUAAAAAAGCUUCAACAACAAUUUAUUCAGGAGUGUAUAGUACUUCUAGACUGGCUUGGUGUGUAUUAAUUAUUUCUAUUAUUCUUUUUGCAUUUUCUGUUGUUCAAAACCUUGACAGUUUAUUCAAUAUUAAUUGGUUAAAUUAA